AGUAUAUUUGCUUUCCAAAAGCCCUAACACCGACACAAAUUUCGCCUCUUAUUGCCCUCGCUCGCACCAUCUCCUUCCCAAUCGCGCCCCCCGUCCGGAUUGCCGAAUCGCAGUGCGGAUCGGGAAGCCGCGAAGGAUUCGCCAUCCCCUCCCCAUAGCCGGAGAGCUCCGUCGGCGGCGAGCCCUCGCGCGGGUCCCGUUCGUCCGCAGGCGACCCGGGACGGCGGCGGAGGGAGGAGGACGGAAGUCGUCGGCCGCAGCAUCGGUCGCGAGACCUUCUGCCCUCGCGACUUCGGCAUCGUUGACUCGGUGAUUGAUUCGGAGAAGAAUUGGUUUUUGGGUUUAAGCAGUUCUCCGUCCGCUGCUGCGUCUUCGGGGCAUUGGAUUGCGCAUCGCUCCACGUGUUUGACGGAUUGCCUGAGCGUCGGAGCGUCGUUUUUUAGCUCGGUUAGUGGGCUAAAGGACCGAAGUCUCAGAUAAGUCACUUGUGCCAUCCCACGGACAUUCUCUUCGUUUGACUGAAUAAUAGAUGAAUUAGAUUUUGGAGAUUCUUUUUCCAUGGACUCGCCAGAUAUAAGCCAGAGCUAUGGCAGAAAAGAUAGGGAAGAUGAUAUCGAUAGGAAAAGUGACAGGGCCGGGGAUGAUGCUGAAUGGGAAGGAAGUGACAGGAGGAAGCAACGGUCAAGCAAGUCCAGAAAACCUGGCAGUGGAGAUGAUGUUGACGGUUUUGAUAGCAGUGGACGGAGGAGAAAUUCUGGAGAUAAGUAUGAAAGCCGAAAGAGAUCAACUGGUUCCAGCAGAGCUGAGAGCGAUGAAGAUGACUUUGACACUAGAAAAGAGUCGCGCUCAAAGCAGUUGAAGAGAAAGCAAGAGGAAAGUUCUUUGGAAAAGUUGAGUUCUUUUUAUCAGGAUGGAGAAGUAGAAAAUAGGCAAGAUGGUGGAGACAAGCUGGGGAGUAAACAUGUUAGGGGAGAUGACAGUGACAGAAGAAAACUGACCCCAAAGUCAUCUGAUCAUGAAAGUUCCCAGGGGAAAAGUAGAAGCAAACAUGAUAGGUCUCAUGAGGGGGAGACAUCUGAUAAAGAUUUAAAGUACUCAGAAAGGAAAGAAAGCAGCCGUGAGAAGGGCCAUGGGUCUAUCGAGCAUAUAAAGAGCUCAAAGAAAAGGUGGGAUGAUGUGGAUGUUAAAGAAAUUACCAGCGAAAAAAAUGAUGGCAGAAGUAGCAGGACAUCUGACAACAAGUUUGAGAGUGUCAGGGACAAAAGUAUGUCAGCUAGGCAUGAAUUUGGUGAGAGUAAGGGUAGGGUCACAGAUUCAAUAGUUGACAAAGGUACGAGAUCUGACCGAAAGGAUGAACGGAGACAUGAUGGUAAGAGUAGAAGCAUGUCGGAAGCCGUAGAAGAGGAUAAUAAGGCAAGUCCGGCUAAUUAUGAGGAUAGAACAGGCAAGGAGAAAAAUGAAAAACACAGACAGCAGAGGACUCCUACAAGUAGGGAUAUUACCGAAAGCCGGGAUGGGUCUCGCCAUGCAGAUGAAGAUGGAAGCUUUUGGUCAAGAGAGAGAAGUGCAAGAGGCCACCGUUCCAGGACCCCUGAUAGAAGUAGCAGAUAUGCUCGUGAGAGGCCUGAUAAUGAAAGGCCUCAUGGUCGGUCUGGUAAUAGGAAAGAUGGAAGUAGAGGUGAAGCCGUGAAAACUUCUUCGAAUUAUGGGAUUUCGAAUGAUAAUUAUGAUGUUAUAGAGAUCCAGACCAGACCUAUUGAUUAUGCAAGUGCUGAUGCUGGAUCUAGUUUUGCUAGAAGAUUUGAAGUUGUUCAGCAAUCUGACAUGAAAGGGCCUUCAAAUGAGGAAGAAUGGGGGCAUGCACGGGAAGAAAGGGCAAGGUCUAGUAUUUAUGGGUCUGCUCCAUCUGCUGAAGAUACAAAAGAAAGAUAUGUUGAGGAUGAUUUAUCAACGAGAGAUCAGAAUAUUUGGAGAGAUGAUACUGACUUCCAGGGAGGGAAAGGAAGAGGACAGAAGGGCGCUAUUCCUGCCCGUACUCCUGGUGGCCAGGCGUCUAGCAGUGGUUCACAACCCCCAUUUGCUAACCAGGAGUCUGGAUCCUUUAGUAGAGGCCCUAAUCAAGGGGCAAAAGGCAAUAGACCGGGCAGGGUUGGACGUGGUAGGCCAACCGGAAGAGAAAAUCAACCAGUGGCAAUCCCAAUACCUAUGAUUGGAGCAUCUUUUGGACCACUUGGGAUGCCGCCUCCUGGGCCUAUGACUCCUGGUAUGUCACCUGCCCCAGGUCCGCCUAUUUCUCCUGGUGUCUUUAUUCCACCAUUUUCUCCUCCUCUACUUUGGCCUGGUCGAGGAGUUGAUGUGAAUAUGUUAGGGGUUCCAGCUGGCCUCUCUCCUGUUCCUCAGGUCCCAUCAGGCCCUAGGUUUCCUCCCAAUAUGGGGACACCUCCCAAUCCUGCAAUGUACUAUAAUCAAUCAGGGCCUGGAAGAGGAGGGCCUGCCAACAUACCUGGCCCUGGUUUUAAUGUUUCAGGACCAAUGGGACGAGGAACGCCACCUGAUAAAGCUUCAGGGGGUUGGGUUCCUCCUAGAUCAGGUGGACCUUCACAUAAAGCUCCUUCAAGAGGGGAGCAAAAUGAUUACUCUCAGAAUUUUGUUGACACUGGAAUGCGACCGCAGAAUUUUAUCCGGGAGCUUGAGCUCACCAAUGUUGUGGAGGAUUAUCCCAAGCUUAGGGAACUUAUACAGAAGAAGGAUGAGAUUGUGGCGAAAGCCGCUUCUCCUCCCAUGUAUUACAAGUGUGAUCUCCGUGAAUUCGAGCUUACUCCUGAGUUCUUUGGAACUAAGUUCGAUGUCAUUCUUGUGGAUCCUCCUUGGGAAGAAUAUGUUCAUCGUGCUCCUGGUGUUGCUGAUCAUACCGAAUACUGGACAUUUGAGGAAAUACUUAAUUUGAAGAUUGAGGCAAUUGCGGAUACCCCAUCAUUUAUUUUCCUUUGGGUGGGGGAUGGAGUGGGUCUGGAACAAGGCCGUCAAUGUUUGAAGAAGUGGGGAUUUCGGAGGUGUGAGGAUAUCUGUUGGGUCAAGACGAAUAAAUCUAAUGCAACUCCGGGCUUACGACAUGAUUCUCACACAUUGUUUCAGCACUCCAAAGAACAUUGCCUGAUGGGCAUUAAAGGAACAGUUCGCCGCAGUACUGACGGUCACAUAAUUCAUGCAAACAUUGAUACCGAUGUAAUAAUUGCUGAGGAACCCCCUUAUGGUUCAACCCAGAAGCCUGAAGAUAUGUAUCGCAUAAUCGAGCACUUUGCUCUUGGCCGCAGAAGGCUGGAACUGUUUGGUGAAGACCAUAAUAUUCGAACUGGUUGGUUGACGGUGGGCAAGGAACUAUCCUCUUCAAACUUUAAUGCUGAGGCAUACAUUAAGAACUUUGCAGACAAGGACGGAAAGGUAUGGCAAGGCGGGGGAGGGCGAAAUCCACCCCCAGAUGCUCCUCAUCUUGUGGUGACCACUCCCGAGAUAGAGUCUCUCCGACCCAAAUCUCCGAUGAAGAAUCAACAGCAGAUGCAGCAAAACCAAUCGGUCUCCAUUGCUCUCACCGCGAGUUCGUCCAACCGAAGACCUGCGGCAAAUCCGCCUGAAACCCCCGCAGCUCUCAGCAUGAACCAAGAAGUCUCGAGCUCCAACGUCCCGGCCUCUCUUCCUUGGCCUUCCCCGAUGGAGGGCUUCAAGGGACCCGAAGGCGGGAAUGCUCCCAUGGAGGAGAAGGUUUUCGAUAUGUACGGUUUUGGCGGGCAGCCGAACGGAGAGUUCCUAGAUUUCGAAUCUCAGAGAGCUAUGAAUAUGUUGUAACCAGAAGGUUCUUUUGCGUGAUUUGGCGUACGAUAAGAUACAAUUGAUUCUUUUCCCCUUC